CGGCUCGGCGCUGCGGCUAAAAAAAAAAACAAAAAACAAAUUUAAUCGCGACUUUUCCCCCCGACAGCUGUUUAUUGUCACGUGAGGCCAACUCGGUUGUACCCUCCGCUCGCGCACAAUUAGCGUUAACGGACGUUGAAACGAACCGAUUAACGGCAGCGUAGCAACAACGUGGUUGGAGCGAGAGGCGAAAAGAGGAAGCAAUAGCCAACCAUCUUUCUUCUGCCAGCAAUAACAAGAAAGAGAGAGAGGGAGAGAGAGAGAGGGGCUAGGUACAAGUGUAGUUUGCAAUUUAUUGUCUUGUUUUAUACUUGGAGAAAAGCACCGGGCGAAGCUCUCGAAAACCAGCUUGGAACGAAGCUUUAGCCGACACGGACCUCAGCCCCCGGCAAGCCUGGAAGUCAAGGAUUAGAAGACUGGCUGUUAGAAUUUGUAUUCCCAUUUUUUCAUGUUUCCAACAGGUUUACCUUCCCCUAAUCCCCCACCGCCAACCCAGGAGGCUAGAGCAGCGGCUUCUGAUGUCAAAAACGACAGCGGCAUCGCGGCUUCGAAGAAGAGGAAAAUAAACAGUUCAGAGACUCGGGAAGAGAUUGAUACGAUUUCCUCGUCUCCCAAAACCCUGAGUUAUUCCUCCUCCACCACCACCACCACCUCCUCCUCUUCCUCCUCCUCCUCUUCUUCUUCCUGCUCUUCCACUUCGCAACACAUCCAGAAGAAGUUGAGGUUUGAAGACUCAGUGGAUUUCAUUGGACUGGAUGUGAAAAUGGCUGAGGAGGCUGCUUCGUGCUCCAACAAGAGCAAAACUGUGUUCCUUCCCGGUGGCCACCACGCGAACGGACUGACCAAAACCGCAGGAUCCAACACCUUCUCCAACAGCAAGCCCGGAGCCGCCAAGAAACUAGUCAUCAAGAACUUCAAAGAAAAGCCCAAAUUGCCUGAAAACUACAUACAAGAGACCUGGCAGAAGCUGAAGGAGGCAGUAGAGGCCAUACAGAACAGCACUUCAAUCAAGUACAAUCUAGAGGAGCUCUACCAGGCUGUUGAGAACCUCUGCUCCCAUAAGAUAUCUGCCAAGCUGUACAAACAGCUGAGGGCAGUGUGUGAAGACCACAUCAAGGCACAAAUCGAUCAAUUCAGAGAGGAUGCCCUGGACAGCGUGCUUUUCCUGAAGAAAAUAGACAAGUGUUGGCAAGAUCAUUGCAGACAAAUGAUCAUGAUUAGGAGUAUAUUUUUGUUCUUGGACCGCACUUAUGUUUUACAAAACUCAAUGCUGCCAUCAAUCUGGGACAUGGGCCUGGAGCUGUUUAGGUUCUACAUCAUCAGUGACCUGAAGGUCCAGAGUAAAACCAUCGAUGGCAUCCUGCUGCUCAUUGAGAGGGAGCGCAAUGGAGAGGCAAUAGACCGCAGUCUGCUGAGGAGCCUACUGAGCAUGCUCUCUGACCUGCAGAUUUAUCAAGACUCCUUUGAGCAGCGCUUUUUGGAGGAAACUAAUCGGCUGUAUGCUGCAGAGGGACAGAGGCUGAUGCAGGAGAGAGAGGUGCCAGAAUAUCUCCAUCAUGUAAACAAACGCUUGGAGGAGGAGGCUGACAGAGUCAUUACAUAUCUAGACCAGAGCACACAAAAACCACUCAUUGCUACUGUGGAAAAGCAGUUGCUGGGUGAACAUCUCACUGCAACUCUGCAAAAAGGGUUGACUCACCUGCUGGAUGAGAACAGAAUCCAAGAUCUGUCUCUGCUCUAUCAGCUGUUCAGUCGUGUGCGAGGCGGUGUUCAAGUCCUUCUGCAGCACUGGAUAGAGUACAUCAAGGCUUUUGGGAGCACAAUCGUAAUCAACCCAGAAAAAGACAAGACAAUGGUGCAGGAGUUAUUGGACUUCAAAGACAAGGUGGAUCACGUCAUUGAUGUCUGCUUCAUGAAAAAUGAGAAGUUUGUCAACGCCAUGAAAGAGGCCUUCGAAACAUUCAUCAACAAAAGGCCAAAUAAGCCUGCAGAGCUCAUUGCAAAACACGUGGAUUCAAAGCUGAGGGCAGGAAACAAAGAGGCAACAGACGAAGAACUGGAGAAGAUGCUCGAUAAGAUCAUGAUCAUUUUCAGAUUCAUCUAUGGAAAAGAUGUUUUUGAGGCCUUUUACAAGAAAGAUCUGGCCAAGAGGUUGCUGGUGGGAAAGAGCGCCUCCGUUGAUGCUGAAAAAUCAAUGUUAUCAAAGCUGAAGCAUGAAUGUGGAGCAGCGUUCACCAGCAAGCUGGAAGGCAUGUUCAAGGAUAUGGAGCUUUCUAAAGACAUCAUGGUGCAGUUCAAACAGUAUAUGCAGUGCCAAAAUAUUCCUGGCAACAUUGAGCUGACGGUUAACAUCCUCACCAUGGGUUACUGGCCAACCUAUGUCCCGAUGGAAGUUCACCUUCCCCCUGAGAUGGUGCGACUGCAGGAGAUCUUCAAGACCUUCUACCUGGGCAAACACAGUGGCAGGAAGCUCCAGUGGCAAUCAACACUAGGCCAUUGUGUCUUAAAAGCUGAAUUUAAAGAGGGAAAGAAGGAGCUGCAGGUGUCCCUUUUCCAAACGCUGGUGCUACUAAUGUUUAACGAAGGAGAGGAAUUCACCCUGGACGAGAUCAAACUGGCAACAGGGAUAGAGGACAGUGAGCUGCGACGGACUCUGCAGUCACUGGCAUGUGGAAAGGCACGCGUCCUCACCAAACUCCCAAAGAGCAAAGAUGUGGAGGACGGGGACAAGUUCGCCUGCAACGACGACUUCAAACACAAGCUCUUCAGGAUCAAAAUAAACCAGAUCCAGAUGAAAGAAACGGUGGAGGAGCAAGCCAGCACCACAGAAAGGGUCUUUCAGGAUCGUCAGUAUCAGAUCGAUGCCGCCAUUGUUCGGAUCAUGAAAAUGAGGAAGACCCUGAGCCAUAACCUCUUGGUGUCUGAAGUGUACAACCAGCUCAAGUUCCCUGUCAAGCCUGCUGACUUGAAGAAGAGAAUAGAGAGUCUCAUCGACAGGGACUAUAUGGAGCGAGACAAGGAGAACCCCAACCAGUACAACUAUGUGGCUUAGAGAGAGAGAGAGAGAGAGAGAGAGUGAGAGAGAGAAAGAGAGGCACAUGGUCCAGUCAGGCUGACAGCUUCUCUGAGUGAUCGGUCUCCAAUCUUUUGCUCCGGUGGAUGUUACCAUUAUCCUCUUCAACCCAGCGACCGACAAGUGAAUGGAUACUGCUCCACGGGGUUUUUUUGUCAGGGGUCUUGUGAUCCUGUGGACUGCAUGCCCAUUAAAAAGAGAAUAUUGUCCAUGUUUCUCAGUGCCUCUGAGAGAAUUGGGCUACUUUGGACAUAAAAGAAGACAAGCCAAUGUUGUUGUUCUGUUUGCUCUUUUUUUAUGGAGAGGAGAGAAAUAUUUAUUUUCAAACUUAGAUUCUUUCUUUGUCCAUAGUUUGAGUCAUUCUGCUCCUUGUUAUCGAGUCACUUUUUUUUUUUUUUUUUUUUUUUUAGUUCACUCUGUAUUCUAAGCAAAUACUCACACACCUAACAAUGCUCUAAAUGUACAAUGUGUUGGAAAGAAAAAGGGGGGAGGGAAAACGAUUAAAUUGAUGCUUGUUUUUUCAAUCAGUGUCAAAUGUGAGACCAAUGGAUUAACACUCAUCAUAGGGAUUUGAUAUCGGGGUGGUUUCAGUGUCAAAUGCGUGCUGCUGCAGCAAAGAUUUACAAUUUUCAAGGCUAUGUCGCCAUCAUAGCCAUGUGUAUUGUCAAGAACACACAAACUGUGGAAUAUACUAUUAGAUAAAUGAUGCCAGACUGACAGUAUGUGCCAAAAAAGCACUUCUUUUUUGUAAUAGGGUGUAUUCAUGCUGCUAAAACAAUUCAAUUGUACAUGUAUAUGCAUUUAGUUUCUCCUUUGCUCUCAUUGUACGUUUUUGUACAUACUUCACAACAGUGUCAUUUUAAAUUAUCCGAUUCGACAGGCACCUGCUUUUUAGGUUUUUGUUAACCCUUUAGUAUAGUAUCAACUAAAAGCACAAUGACUUCAGAACCAUUUGUUUUUUCCCCCCUCAUGUUCCCAAGUAUAAUAUCACACACUAUACUCUUUGUAAAGCUCCUAGUGGGGUUUACAGGCCUUGCUUCAAAAGAAAGGGGGUGAAUGGGAGUCGAUUGUCUCAACCAGAUGAGUGUUGAUUGAGAAAAAUCAUGCUUGACUAGACUUUAUGCCCUGUGUCUGUAUGAGUCUUAGGUUUAUUGCUUCAGAUUAAAAUAACUGUUUCAAUCGG